AUGAGUGGAAACAUCUCUGCAUCUAAGGCCAAGCGUCUCGCAGCCAGAGCUGCCAAGAAGGGUGGUAGCACCAAGUCCUCUGGAAAGAACACUCCCAUCACAGCUUCAGAAAACAACUCUACUGAAGACUUGACUCUUGAAACCCUCAAGAUCCACGCUGAACGUACUGCUACUGGUGUCUACACUUCUCAAGAAAGAAGCAGAGAUAUUAAGAUUGAUUCUUUCUCUCUUAACUUCCACGGUCGUGUCUUGAUUGACAAUGCCUCUAUCGAACUUAACUUUGGUAGACGUUAUGGUCUUAUUGGUGCUAACGGUUCUGGUAAAUCUACCUUUUUGCAAUCCCUUGCUGGUCGUGAUAUCGAAAUCCCUGACCAUAUUGAUAUUUACCUCUUGAACCAAGAAGCUGAACCCUCUGACAUGAAUGCUGUUGAAGCUGUCAUUCACUCUGCUCAAAAGGAAGUCGCUCGUCUCGAAAAGCAAGUCGAAGACCUUCUUGGAGAAGAAGAUGGUGCUGAUAACCCAUUGUUGGACGAUAUCUACGAACGUAUUGAAGGUAUGGAUCCUGCCACUUUUGAAACCAGAGCCUGUACUCUCUUGGCUGGUUUGGGCUUUGAUUCCAAGCAAAUGAAGAAGAUGACCAAGGACAUGUCUGGUGGUUGGAGAAUGCGUGUUGCUCUUGCCCGUGCUCUUUUCAUUAAGCCCACUUUGUUGUUGCUUGAUGAACCCACUAACCACUUGGAUUUGGAAGCUACUGUCUGGCUUGAAGAAUACUUGAAAACUUAUGACCGUAUCUUGGUCAUGGUGUCCCACUCUCAAGAUUUCUUGAAUGGUGUUUGUACCAACAUGAUGCACUUGACUCACAAGCGUAAGCUUAUCUACUAUGGUGGUAACUAUGAUAUGUUUGUCAAGACCAAGGAAGAAAACGAAGUCAACCAAGCCAAGGCCUACGCCAAGCAACAAGAAGAAAUUGCUCACAUCAAGAAGUUUAUUGCUUCUGCUGGUACUUAUGCCAACUUGGUCAGACAAGCCAAGUCUAAGCAAAAGAUCAUUGACAAGAUGGAGGCUGCUGGUUUGAUCGAAAAGGUCGAGAACCCCAACGCUUUCAAGUUCUCCUUCACGGAUGUUCCUAAGCUUCCUCCUCCUGUGCUUGCUUUCCAAGAUGUCUCUUUCUCUUACGAUGGUAAGAUGGAAAACUGUCUUUACAGAAACCUCGAGUUGGGUAUUGAUAUGGAUUCCCGUAUUGCCCUUGUCGGUCCCAAUGGUGCUGGUAAGUCCACUUUGCUCAAGUUGAUGGACAACGAGCUUAUUCCUACUGGUGGUCGUAUCCAAAAGCAUACUGCUUUGAAGCUCGGUAAGUACUCACAACACUCCAACGACCAACUCGAUAUGGAUUUGUCUCCUAUCGAUUACAUGCGUAAGAAGUUCCCUCAAGAAGGUUCUGACUUGGAACACUGGCGUCGUCAAAUUGGUCGUUAUGGUUUGACUGGUGCUCACCAGACCUCUCUUAUCCGUACUUUGUCUGACGGUCUCAAGUCUCGUCUUGUGUUUGCUGAAUUGGCUGUUCUUCGUCCUCACAUUAUCUUGUUGGAUGAACCUACCAAUCACUUGGAUAUGGAGUCUAUUGAUUCACUUGCUGAUGCUAUCAACCGUUUCUCUGGUGGUGUUGUCCUUGUUUCUCACGAUUUCCGUUUGAUCUCUCAAGUUGCCAAGCAAAUCUGGCGUUGUGAGAAUGGUCAUGUUACACCUUUCGAAGGUACCAUUACUGCUUACAAGGAAGAACUCAGAAAGAACGUUAAGUUGUAA